AUUUAAAUAUGGUAGAAAAAGAGGACAGUCGACUACAAAACCAAGACAUUUAGGUGUAUAAUCGCUGUAUGAAGCUCCAAAAAUCCUUGUACAGCUUCACACUCUAGUAAUCAAAUAAAUGAAAUAACGGUGUGUUUUUAGAGUAAGUCUUUUAGAGCGCAAUUUCAAACAUGAGCGCCUGGUGCUUCACCUCUGCUGUUUGGAGAUCAGGAUUCCACAGAUACGUAUUACCGCGAAAUAUCCCGCACACUUUAUCUGUAUCCAAUAAAUUUUUUGGAAAUCAACCACUUGCAUACCCAUGUCUAGCUCAAACACGGUCGAUACAAAUUCUACUCUCUAAACCUGAAGUGGAAAGUAAAGUUUUAGCUGUCUGUUCUGCGUUCGAUAAAAUCCAGUCCGAUAAGCUUACGCUUGAUUCUUCGUUUAUCAAAGAUCUCGGUCUUGAUAGUCUGGACCACAUAGAAGUAAUUAUGGAAAUCGAAAAUGAAUUCCGUAAGUUCUUUAAAUCUACAAAAUGUGUUGUUUCUCAUGCAAACGGAGGUUUAGAAUAUUGUCGUUUCUCGAGUGUCGUUAGUCUUAACAUCCGCCGGUAUUCAGACUUGUGCAGUCAGGAAAGAAGGUCUACUGCCUAUGUCGUUCCUUUUCUAGUAUGCUCCUGUAAGUGUCUAGUCUUUACCUAAAUGAGUCAAUUAAAGGUUCGGACACCACUGCUUCGGGUAAAAGGGUUUGAAAUAAGUGAUGUGGACGCCGAAAAAUUGCACACACCCCGUGAUAUUGUGGAACAUGUGUAUCAUUCAAUUAAAAAAGCAGAACCUUCAAAUUAAGAUACUGGUGAAAUAUUAAAACACUUCUAAUUACUACUAAAAACAUUCUAGACCAUAUAUUAUUGUAGAUAUUGUUCUCCUGAACACUCUACUUUUCAAUUUGUGAGUGGUGCUUGAGCUCAUAGAAGAAUAUCUCUAUCUUUCUCCAGAACCUUGUCAUAUUAUAUCACUAGGUCUUCAGUUGAAGUUGUUUCAUAGUAACAUAAAUUUAAAUGUAUAAGGGAAAUCAGUAGUUUGGUUAUGUUAACUUUAAAAAUACUGUCUCAACAUUCGUUGCGCGUAAUGAUGAUUUUUUUUUCAAAUAUGGAUAUGAAACAAAGUUAUAGUUAGCAUACCCUUUGUCGUGAUUAGGUGAAUGAACCUGUAAUAAAAACAAAUUUGGAG